AUGGAUCACGAAAAGCUGGCUCGCAUGCAGGCCAAUGUGCGCAUUGGUACUGGCAAGGGUACUCCCCGCCGCAAGGUCAAGAAGGUCACCAGAAACUCCGGUGCCGAUGACAAGAAGCUUCAGGCUACCCUGAAGAAGAUGAACGUCCAGCCUAUCCAGGGCAUCGAGGAGGUCAACAUGUUCAAGGAGGACGGAAACGUCAUCCACUUCUCCAACCCCCGCGUCCACGCCUCCGUCCCCUCCAACACCUUCGCUCUCUACGGUAACGGUGAGGAGAAGGAGCUCACCGAGCUUGUCCCCGGUAUCCUUAACCAGCUUGGUCCCGACUCUCUCGCUUCUCUCCGUAAGCUCGCCGAGACCUACCAGACUAUGCAGAAGCAGCAGGGCGACAAGAAGGAUGAUGAUGAGGAUGAUAUCCCUGAUCUGGUGGAGGGUGAGAACUUCGAAAACAAGGUCGAAUAA